UAAAUAAAUUAUAAACAAACAACAGACCAGAGGCUCCGCAAACAUUAGACGGAGGAGGAGACAAACUACACAACAACAACAACAACGUUCGUAGCACAACACAACUCCGACUACAACUUCAAACACCGAUAGAUAACCAACGUGAUUCUGAGUUACCAACUUUCUUAUAGCGAAGAGACAGCAGAGAAAGGAAUUCUUUUGGCUGUCAAAUUACUUGCUUUUGAGUUGUAUGAUUGUGUCGGGUUUUCAUCAUGAGUGGCGCACCUAAGAGACCGCAUGAGGAGACUGUUCAUCCAUCUUCGAAACACCCACAUGAAGAUUCGGGUACAUAUUCGAAGUUGGUUUCGUCAUCAGUUUCGAAUGAGUACCACGCGUCUUAUGAUAUAAGUCAGGAUUCCCGCGUGGCGAAAGCGCCGCGAAACGAAUUCCGUGACGCAGAUAGAAGAUCUCCUCUUCAUUCGGUGUAUCGGAUGUCGUCAUCUUCAAAUGACUCUCAUGCUCAUGCUGAUCAUCCCGUUGGUCCAGUGAACAGGAUAGAAUCCAGGGACUCCAAGGACAGUAGAGAUCUCCGAUUUGAGAAUCGCGACCCAAAGACAGAGAAGAAGGAAUUGCACGGAGAAGCAAGAAGGGAUACUCAGACUCAGAGUGCAAAAAAUGAAAAGGAUGUGCGUGUCGAAGGUAAAGGUGAUGAUAACAAGGAUGCCAGACAUGAUCGGGAUGGUCAUAAUGAUUCGAAAGGUGACACUAAAACGGAAAAGGAUGGUUUUAAUGCGAUUAGCAGCCACUUGAAUUGGAAAGAUUCGAAAGAAUACCAUAGGGGAAAAAGAUAUUCUGAUGCCCCCAGCGGGAGUUUGGACACCUGGCAUGCGUUACAUGGAAAUACACAAGGUUCACUUGAGGUUGGGAAGGAAAGUUCAGCGGCAGAAGAAAAGGAUCACGUGGAAGCUCAUGAAGCUGUUGGGGAAAACAAAGUUGAAUCUAAAAGUGAUGAUAGAUCUAAAGAAAGAGAGAGAAAAAGGAAGGACGCGAAGCAUCGGGACUGGGGAGAGAGGGAAAAAGAAAGAAGUGAUCGGAAGAAUAGUACACAAGUUAGCAACACCAGUGGUAAAGAAUCUGCCAAGGAUGAUAGAGAUGUAGAAAGGUCAGAGAGGGAGAAAAAAGAUCUUCCCAAAGAGAAAGAAACUUCAAAAGAAAGGGAAAAGGAUCAGAUGAAGAGGGAAUCGUGGAAUGCAACGGAGAAAGAGAUUUCAAAUAAUGAGAAAGAACCUGCUGAUGGAUCAGUUAAACUGCCUGAACAAGAAACUGUGUUACCAGAACAGAAGAAACAAAAAGAAGUUGAUGGCUGGAAAAAUGGUGAUAAAGAAGCUAGAGAGAGGAGAAAAGAAAGAGAUGCUGAUUUAGAAGCAGACAGGCCUGAUAAACGCAAUAGGGGCUUGGACAAGGAAUCAGAUGAUGGAUGUGCUGACGCUGAAGGCGCAAUAGAAAAGGAGAGGGAUGCCUAUAAUUAUAGUGGCCAGCACCGUAAAAGGAUCCAACGAUCAAGAGGGAGCCCUCAGGUGCCUAAUCGAGAGCCUCGUUUCAGAUCCCGUGCCCAAGACAAUGAAGGGUCUCAAGGUAAAGUAGAUGUUUCUUUUGUUGUUUACAAAGUUGGUGAAAGCAUGCAAGAACUGAUAAAGUUGUGGAAGGAAUAUGAAUCAUCUCAAUCUCAAAUGGAAAAAACUGCUGAAAGCUCUAAUAAUGGCCCCACUCUGGAAAUCCGGAUACCAUCUGACUAUGUCACUGCUACAAACCGCCAAGUCAGAGGAGGCCAGCUUUGGGGGACUGAUGUAUACACAUAUGACUCAGAUCUUGUUGCUGUACUUAUGCAUACAGGUUAUUGUCGCCCAACAGCAACUCCACCUCCUGCAGCUAUACAAGAAUUGCGUGCUACCAUUCGGGUGCUACCUCCACAAGAUUGCUAUAUUUCUACACUGAGAAACAACGUACGUUCCCGUGCUUGGGGUGCGGCAAUUGGCUGUAGUUAUCGAGUUGACCGGUGUUGCAUUGUGAAGAAAGGAGGUGGAACUAUUGAUCUUGAACCUUGCCUUACACACACAUCAACUAUUGAGCCCACCCUUGCUCCAGUAGCUGUGGAGCGGACAAUGACUACCAGGGCUGCAGCUUCGAAUGCCUUGCGGCAGCAGAAAUUUGUUCGCGAAGUCACAAUACAGUACAAUCUAUGCAAUGAGCCUUGGAUCAAAUAUAGUAUAAGCAUUGUUGCUGACAAGGGUCUGAAGAAGCCUCUCUACACAUCUGCUCGUUUGAAGAAGGGAGAAGUUUUGUAUUUGGAGACACAUAAAUCCAGAUAUGAGCUGUGUUUUAUUGGAGAAAAACUGGUUAAGGCUACACCAGCAAGUCAGUUGCAGGAUCCUAGCACUGACAAGUCUCAUAAUAACCACCCACAUUCUGCAAAUGGUGAAAAAAGUGAUGGUGAUCAUGUCAUGAUUGAUGCAUUUCGCUGGUCUCGUUGUAAGAAACCUCUCCCGCAGAAACUGAUGCGUACCAUCGGCAUCCCACUGCCUCUUGAGCAUGUUGAGGUGCUGGAGGAAAAUUUGGACUGGGAAGAUAUACAAUGGUCACAAACUGGUGUUUGGGUUGCAGGAAAGGAAUAUACCCUUGCAAGGGUGCAUUUCUUGUCAAUGAACUAAUUUUAUUUUAUUUUGUUUUUCUUGGGGGAUCCUAUUUAUGUUUCCUUCUAUUUAGGAGUGAUGAUGGCAUGGCGUAUUGCGUGUAUUAUGUUCUUAUUUUGUAAGAUAUUUGUGUUGUGACUCAACCUGUUGUAGUGUAGUUUAAUGACUUUAUGGGGCAUCCCUAUAGAUCUUCAAUAAAAAACUUCAAUAAAAAGUGCUUGAUGUAUACUUUUUUCUAUUUA